AUGCGUUCAGCUUUCCUACUCUCAACUUUUGGCUUCAGCGUCUUCACUACCAUUCACGGUUUUGAAUUCACUGGCCCUAGCUCAACUGAGAAGCUUGAUCUUACUCAACCCAUUACCAUCACGUGGAAUGCAACAAGUGGAUCCAUAGACGAACCAAAGGCCCGUCGACUCCAACUCUGGUUCCUGGCGCUCACCGAAGGCGAGAAGGACCAGUCCGGUUGGGAACUCGCCUCCAACCUGUCACUCUCAGAGGGCUCAUAUGAAUGGGACCCUGAGACCAUCGUCAAAGGCAUAGAGGACAAAAACACCUCCCUCUCUUCCGACGCAGUGCACAACUUUGGAGCUAGACUUCUCGACAAUGCUGGGAGCAUAUUAGCAACAGUCGAAAGCGACAAGUACGCCCUCAAGGGCGGUGACUUUAUCGCAAAUGAUGGUAGCAAAGGGGUGCAAACCGGACUAUACACAGCUCUCACCAUGGCAGUAGUAGCAGGAGUAAUAACUAGUAGGGGGAUUAUAUAA